GGGCACCCAGGUGAAAAUGGACAACCAGGACRAAAGGGUGAAAUUGGUGAAAAGGGACAAAAGGGAGAGCCAGGUAUUGGCCACAGAGGUCCAGAAGGUCAGGCUGGUCCUCCAGGACAGAAGGGUGAGCCAGGUGAACCAGGACCUCCUGGUGCUCAAGGCAUCCAGGGUAUCCAUGGUAAUAUAGGCAUCCAGGGCUCUCCAGGACUCAGGGGUCCACCAGGAGAUCCUGGAGAACCGGGUAGAGAGGGGGAACGAGGUAAAAAGGGGAAGAAUGGAUCGCCUGGAGCUCAGGGACCUCGAGGCUCACCAGGACCUGAUGGUUUUCCUGGGAUACCUGGAGUAAAAGGAGAAAAGGGUGACAGUAUUCCAGGUCAGCCUGGUGCCAGGGGUGUGCCCGGCCCCCCAGGGAGACGGGGUGAAAAAGGCUCUCCGGGUGUUAAAGGAACUCCUGGUCCUAUUGGUCCUAAAGGUUUAUAUGGCAGCAAGGGUGAAAAGGGAGAUCGAGGCUUAGCUGGAGUCAGAGGAGAAAGGGGGAGCGUGCUUCAGAUCCAAGGACCUCGUGGUUUCAAGGGUUCCAAAGGCGAGGCGGGAGAGCGAGGUUUCCCAGGUUUUGAUGGGGAUAAAGGAGAGAAGGGUGAAGAUGGUCCUCCUGGAUUUAAGGGUGUAAAGGGUGAUGCAGGCACUAAAGGGGCAAUGGGGCGGUUUGGAGCACGAGGACCAGUUGGUCAGAAGGGGGAUCCUGGAGAACCAGGACUCAACGGAGGGAUGGGACGUGAUGGAGAACAUGGAAAGGACGGAGCCAAAGGAGACAAGGGAGAUGAUGGACUUCACGGCCAGAAGGGCAACCAGGGGGAUCCAGGAGAAUCUGGCUUACCAGGAGAAAAAGGAGAGAAAGGAGAGAAGGGUUUCAGGGGAUUUCCUGGACGUGUUGGGACUUCUGGUUUAGAUGGAGAAAAGGGAGAUAUGGGUUUACCCGGGAGCUCCGGCGUACCUGGACUAAAUGGAUUCACGGGACGCAAGGGUGAUAAAGGAGAAGGGGGGACCAGUGGAAGUGAUGGUGAACCAGGAGAGAAAGGAGAAAAGGGUGCAGCAGGUUUCUCAGGUUUUCCGGGGUUUAAGGGAUCAGCUGGAAGUCCAGGAAGAGAUGGAGAUGAAGGACCACCAGGUCCACCAGGACCUCGAGGAGACUCAGGGCCUAAGGGUGAGAGGGGCAGGAGAGGAAGGUCCAAGCUGUGUCAGAGGGGAGCACCGGGGACGCCUGGACACCGAGGAGAGAGUGGUUCAUUGGGUAAAGAAGGAGCGAAGGGGGACAAAGGAGAACCUGGACUCUCGGCAGAAGACGUGAAGGAGCUCGUCACCCAGGAGGUGGUAGAAAAGUGUGGGUUGGAAUACAAGUUCCUGGUGAAGUCUGUGGAUCCAGAUGCAACAGAUAUGAUAACUGAGAGGAAAAACAAGUUGGAGGAAGUGGCGUUCUCUGUCACCAGUAAUCUUCAUAAGGAGAAACGCAAAGCAAGAAGACACAGAGACAGCUUGGGAAUCAUAAGUCCUUCUGUGAAUCUCGCAGAAGAAAAGAAGUUUCCAAACUCUACUGAGUCUCAGGGGGGCGGGCCUGUGGCGUGGACUGAGAGGAGGAGAAGAAGAGGAUUUGGAACAAAGGAUGCUGUGGCAGGACACUGUUUGGAGCUGAUGUCUGAGGGGUCCUGCUCAGACUACAUCCUGUGCUGGUACUUCCACGUGCCGUCGGGGAAAUGCAGGCCGUUUGUGUACGGGGGCUGCGGCGGCAACCAAAACCGCUUCAGUUCCAAACAGGAGUGCCAGAGUGCCUGCGUGAUGGAGAGCAGGGCUGCAGGAACGCCUGCAGGUCACACAGGGGAUGCUCCGCCCGCCAGCUGAUGCGGAGGCGGGACUUUUUAGUUGUGAAAAUAAGACCGAAACCUCCUGCAGAACUGUUCUUUCAUAGUUAGCAAACAUUAAAAAUGAAGCUUAAAAUCAGAAAACAUGAUGCUGUAUUAUGUACAUAACUUAGUUUAAUAUUAGUUCUGCGUUUUGCAUUGCUUUUAUUUAUGAGAACAUGUUUUUUUUAACUGUAAAACUGUGGUUUGAUUCAUUAGAGUUACUGAAACAUUUAUAGUUAUGAGGAAAAGGAAAGUCUGAUUCUUUCACAAUGAGACUUUCAUGAUCGACUUCUAAAAUUAUUUAUAUCUAACGCAGGGRUCUGCACACUUCAAUCAAAAAAGAAAUAUCUGCUCACUAAUAAAUGUGACACAAAACCUGCUAAAACUUUAAUUAUCAACUUCAAGUUUGUUGAAG